AUGAAAAAGACGCUCGUCUGCUCCCUCGAGGCGAAGCUGUUCAUUCAGAAGGAUCAGGCGGCGCUCUCGCCUGUUUUUGACCUUGAUUCGUAUGUAGAGUCCGAAAGCAAUCGUCCUAACAAUCUCUUCACGCAGAAAGACUCGGAGAAGGCGAAGGAGAUCUGCAUUCUGCGAAAGGACUGGAAUCAAAUCGAUGCGUGUUUCUAUCUCGUGAAUGGCGAAUGGAUGCGUCGCUGGAUCGAUUACAUCUUCGUACCGCCUUCGCUUCGUGGAUUACCCGAGGAUCAAUUUCACCCAGGACCGAUCGACAACUCGUCUCUCCUCUGGUCCCAGUCCUGCGAAGACUUGACCUCCAUCUGUGUGUUGCAGCCCGGUCUGCUCCAGGGUCUCGACUUCUACAUCGUCAAUCCCACCGUCUGGCAUUAUCUUGCGCGCCGCUACGACUAUUCCUACGCCCUCCUCGUCCGUGAUGGCUCCAGCCGCGCUCCGCGCCUCCGUUCUCCCUGCCACUCCUCCACACAAAGCGACGAGGAGCUCUUCAACAAGUACUCCCUCCCCUCCCGCAGCCCAUCGCGCAUCUCCGUCCUCAUGCCUCCCUCCGACGCGCCCUCGCCUCCCUCCGUCCCCGACCAAUUCCUCCACGCGCCGCGCUGCUCUCUGCGCGCUCGGAUCCCCUGCGUGGUCUGCGGCGAGGACGCUCUGCUGCGCUGCCGCCGCUGCCAGCGCGUUUUUUACUGCAGCUUCGCAUGUCGGAGCGCGCAUUUCCCCUUCCACCGCUACGCCUGCAGCGCGCCCACCGACGCCGACACGCAGCCCAUGCUCCCCGCGGAGUGCGCCGUCAGCGACCUCCCCGCGGGGACGGAGCAGGUCCGCCAGGGCAUCGCGAACGCGGGGAACACGUGCUAUUUAUCCGCGGGACUGCAGUGCCUGUUCUCGGUGGCGCCGCUGCGGCGCCUGCUGCUCAGCCGGCAGUUCGAGCGGUAUCUGCGGUCGGAGAGGCGCGGUCUGAGCGACGCGCUGAGCCAGCUGUUCGCGGAUAUGCGGUUCGGGCACAGCCCCGCGUCGGCGGUUGGGUUGGCGGGGAGAAAUGAGGAGUAG